CUCAUCAAAUCAGCUUCGCCUCCUUUAAAGUUUGGUUUUGCAUUGUUUUGCUGAUCCUCAUUUGAGGUUGUUGUGCUGGAGGAAUGUGCUCCUCUUUGGCGUGCUGUGCUGCUGCUGAAAAACUUCUCUUUGACACAUGUGAUUGGCUGUCUCUCUUGAGCAGCAGUGGCGUCAACAGAGGAGAAACUCAGCCCCACCAGCAGGGCUCCGUGAGGGUGGAGCACCGCCACCCCGUGUCCACCCACAGCCUGUUCAGGGACAUGUAUGAUGACUCUGAGGACGAGGACGAUGAGGUGGGCUACGCUGACCCCAUCCAAGACGAUCUGUACUCUCGCAAGAUGGGCGUCAAACCCCAACCUGCUGCCAAAGUGUCUUAUGACAAGUUUUUACCAAAAUUCUGGACGCCAGAAGAAGAUAUUCACAUACAGAAGAUCAAACUGGGCUCUCAGAGGAGACCCUGGUACAAGAAGAUGCAAGGCUUCAGCUAUAAGAAGUCGGGCUCUUCGUCAGAUGAUUCAGACUGUGACAUCAGUCCUUGGCUCUCCUCUGCCCCCUCUCCCUCCGGCCCCUCUCCCUCUCACCCCCACACACACGAGGCCCCGGCUCACACCACCCUCGUUGUGGGGAAAAGUCCUCAUAUCCAAGCUCACACUCUCCCACAGCUCCCAAAGAUACAGCCCCCUCUGUUAGAGACCCCCCCUCUGGUGUUUGCCCCAGUGGACCCCACCUCGGGUCCCAGAUUGGUCAAAUGUGAGAGGUGGGCCCUCCUGGGGCGCCAAGACCCCCGGGAGCCCCCAGACCCCAUAGAUUAUGAGAGCAUUAUCCCUGACUUGGAGAAUGAUGACAUGUUUGCCAGGCGGACGCUGGCCUUCCAGUCCAACACAGACUUAGCUAUGAUGAAGACUCAGCUGCCCGCCAAGUAUCGCCUCUACUCAUCUGAGCCGCAGAUCAAUAUCAUCACCCAGCGACGCAGCGGGGGCGGCACGGAGGAGAACGAAUACCCUGAUAUCGAGGAGGACGAUGUUGUUUAUCGUAAGGAGAAAACCCAGCUGGCCCAGCGGCCGCUCUCAGGAGCCCCUGACAACUACGCCCCGAUGCCCAUCCCGGAGCCAUGGGCUCUGCCUCCUGACCUCAAGGCCAGACUCCUGUGCCCCCCGUGUCCUCUAACGCAGGAGGCAGCGGAAAACAAACAAAAUGUGGCUGAGAGGGAGGCGAAUCCUAAAACAGAUGACAUGCUCGUGCGGAAAUUUGGAGUUUGUUCUGAUCAGAGCUCAGUGAAAGCCAAUCAAAUGACGCCAACUGUGCCUUCGUCCUGUAGCGAAGGCGACCUGCAGAAAUGGCAGGCGAUCAGGGAAGCCAGUCAGCUGAGAUAUAAGAAGAAGCUCAUGGUGGAGAGGCUGGCCGCUCUGAAGUUGUAGGAACACGUUGCCGUAACAACGCCUGUUUGUUUCUCACUUUGCGGACUGUAAAAAGUCAUUUCAGUCUUGAAAUAUGUUGUGUGAUGGUGAAGUGGUCUCGGCUGCAUGUUGAUCAAACUUGUAAAUGAUUGGUCCGGGGGCCAUCGCAUUCAUAGAUGGGAGUUCUUUAUGAAAACAAAUCGGUGCCUUCAGCAUUCGCUGGAUCAGUCACACAAACCGAAGCAACAGCUCAGAACUUUUUCCUGUUUUAAAUGUUUGUUGUUACUUUGAAACUGAGUCUUUUUCCAGUCUGAGAGAACCUUUAAUGAAAGUCUGCAUGAUGGCAAUAUGGUUAGCAACACAUGGUAUGUACAGUACAUGCUAAGUGGAUGGCGAGACUGUUUUUGAAGUGUAAUUUUUGAACAAAUCAGACCCAGAUUUCUCAUAUUAUCUUUGGUUGUGUUUUCCUAUCAGACCAAGUUUGCCUGUGAGAAAACCCUAAUAAAGGAAAUAAUAGACUCCA